AUGAUUUCCUUUCGAAAAUGCGUUUUCAUCGCCUUUCUUAUUCUUUCCGGCGGUUUCCUACUACACGCAGCCCAUAUCAAGCCGGUAUCAGCCAAUGUUGAGGUUGAGACUCACCACCAACGAUCAGAACAACCACUACGCACAUCAGUCACUGCCAAAUUGGAAUCGGAACCCGAGCCUGAGCCUAAAGUUGAAUCUGAUCCCGAACCUGAGCCAGAGCCAGAGCCAAAGACUCUGCGAGGCCGUCUAAAAUACCAUUUCCCUUAUGGCGUAACGGCUAAGUUCCCUGGCUAUAUCUGGCAGACGUGGAAGUAUACACCGGCAUCUGGAGAUUUCGAUCCUACACUACGGCCGCUAGAAGCAAGCUGGACUGAGCUGCAUCCUGGAUUCAUUCAUCAGGUCGUCGAUGAUGAGAGUGCACUAUACUUCUUGAAGUAUCUAUAUGCCUCCUUCCCAGAGAUUGUCGAGGCGUAUAACUCGUUGCCAUUGCCAGUUCUCAAGGCAGAUUUCUUCCGAUACCUUAUCCUUCACGCACGAGGAGGCAUAUAUUCCGACAUCGACACAUCUGCCCUUCGACCUGCAACAGAAUGGAUACCCUCUAAAUUUGACCGCUCAACUAUUGGCCUGGUUAUCGGCAUUGAGGCAGAUCCCGACCGCGCAGACUGGGAUAAAUGGUAUUCACGCAGAAUUCAGUUCUGCCAGUGGACUAUUCAAGCGAAGCCAGGCCAUCCGGUUCUCCGAGAUGUCAUUGCUAACAUCACGGAAGAGGCAUUGCGCAUGAAGGUCGAGGGGAAUCUAACAGAUGGGAAGAUGGACAAGUCGAUUGUGGAAUUCACUGGCCCUGCCAUCUGGACAGAUGCGGUUUUCAGAUACUUGAAUGAUCCGUUUUAUUUUCCCAGCGAGGAUGGGGCUCUUCGAAAUAUCUCUACCCCCCAUUUCACUGGCAUGACGAAGCAGAAGCAAGUAGGAGAUAUUGUCGUCCUACCAAUUACCAGCUUCAGCCCUGGUGUGCAGCAGAUGGGUUCUGAGGAGCCGGACAGCGAUAUGGCCUUUGUCCAGCACCAGUUCUCAGGUACAUGGAAAUCACUUGAAGACAGAAGAAUCGGCCAUUGGUAG